AUGAUCUUCAUGCAAUUCCCUGAACUUGGCUCGCGCUCUGUCUCAACUCCAAGCGCAAGCCCGGCGCGCCAUGAUGAAGCCUUCUUGGAUGCCAUCGAACCUGAAGAUCAGCAUGCGCUUCUGGCACCAGUUGACGACGAGCCAGCCAAUGAUGAAAAUGCAGCUCCUGGCACUUCUACCAACGUCGUUGCCCAGAUCAAAAGCAUCAAGGAAGAAAUUAUUAAUAACUUGGUCGGCAUUCGAUUUGAUGUUUUGAGAUAUGGCGGAGAAACAGAAGAGGAUUUGGACUUUGCUAUCAAGGCGAACGAACAGCUCAAAGAAAUUAGCGCCGCCUUUGCGAGAAGGAAUCCAAACCUCAGUGAAUCAUUAGGCAAACGCAUCGAAAGAGAUGGCCCCAUUCGCGAAGCAGCCGAGCGUUUCCGUGCAGAGCGCCUGGAACACCGCGCCACGAAACGAGCUAAGCUUACUUUGAAACCGCCCGAUAACCUACCCUACUCGCCC